CGAGGUGGCAAGACCGCUUUUUUCCAGCGAUGGAUCGUUCGUUGAACGCAACUUGACGGUUUGACUAGCGUUUUUUUGUUGUUGGUUUGUUUGUUUCAUUUGGAAUAGUAGGCUAUUGCUGAAAUUAAGCGUCAUUGAAGAAGUUGUCGGUGAAGAUGGACAAACGAAUAAAAAAAUAACAAAGUAUUCUGAGCGAGUGAGCAGUGUUACCAAGCAACAAAAUGUUGCCAAUCAGUGAAGCUUGAAAUCGAACAAAGAAGAACAAAGUGUUACUACGAAACGGUGCACUGCAAUAUUCGCGCAAGACUGCACCGGCGAAGUGAGCAAAAGAAACAAUAAAACACAGAAAAAAAAAACUCGAAACACAGAAAGACAUCUUACCAACUCUAGCAAUGAUUGAAAAAUGCAGCAAAAGUAGAGCAACUAAAUAGAAGAGGAAGAAAAAAGCACUGCAAGAAACAAUCAAAGUGCAUGUCGUGAACUUGAGAAGCGUGGCGGGGGCGGAGGGCUAUGAAGAAAUUCAUCACGACCAAAUUGCACGCAUCGUCGGUUAAAGAGAGCCUCCAUCACGAAGCGAACGAAGAAGAGCAGCAGCAAACAUCCGAAGAAGACGAAUCGGCGACCCACACCACAGAAGUAACAACCGGCACCGGUGGUAUUAUCGUUGAACCGAAAUCAGUACCAUCAUCAUUAUCACCAUCUCCGGUGGUGGCGGCGGUCACAGCCAUGACAUUGAAUUCCGUAUCCACCGGUGGUGGUGGUGGUUGUGGUGGCAAGCAGAAGCCGCAGCAGCAUGAUGCCGACGGUGAUGAUGGGAUGGCGGUCGAAUUGCCGCCUACUUUGAUCCAGCCUAAACAACCCCAGCAGUCAAAGGUACAGCCGCAGCAUGCCAUCAUUACCAUCAGCAAGCCGAAGCUGCUGCCGUCGGCGCUGCCGCCGUCGGUGGUGAGCGGUUCGACCUCGACGGCGGCUCAGGUCAAGAUGUGCGGUUAUCUCAAGAAGAAGCGAAAUAAGAUGGGCGGCUGGCGAAAGAUGUACUUUAUCCUGCAGAACCAGCUGCUGCUUUCCUACUCGUCGAAGGACGACUACGAGAAGAAGCUCGCCCCCUUCAAGGACAUCAUCAAUCUGGUCCCGGGGACGGUGAUUAUUCCGACCACCGGACCGCGCUUCACCAUCGAAACCAACUCCAAGGUGUUGUACACGUUUCGCUGCGAUGAUCAUAAAACCUGUUCCGAGUGGAUAACUGCGCUGCUCGACAGUCUCAAAGGUGACGGAGGCGGCGGGAUUGGCGAUAAAAGGUACAGCCGCGGCAGCCUGCACGGCGCUAGUACCCUGCAGCACCAUCUGACCCACCGAUCGCUGUCCUCUCUUUCCUCUUCAUCCUCGUCGGCAUCAUCGACCGGCUCGUCGGCGCACUGCCAUUACGCCACCGAUGAUCCCUCGAAGAUGGCCAUCACAUCGAUCCGACGGCUGCAGCAGCACAAUCUGCCACAUCCGCUAGGCAGCACCACCACUACCACCGGUGUCGGUAAGACUGGUGGCAACCGGCCGCAGACGCAUCAGCAGCAGCAGCAACAGCAGGCAUCCCUAUCGGCACCGAACCUAUUCUACGGAUUCGGGAGCAUCGUUAGCAGCACCGGCGCUGGCAGUGGCGUGAAAGUUGGGAAAUUGGUGCAGCUGCCCAUUGCUAGCGGGACGGCUAGGCUGCUGGAGCGUGGAGGGGCCAACAACGGGCAGAAAAAGUACAAGAUACUCACCAUCAACGAGGUGGACGACGAUGGGGAAAACGAUGAAAAGCCAACAACAACAACAACACCAACAGCAGCAAAGGCAGUAGCAGUAGCAGUGGCGCGUGAUAUCAGUAACGGUAACAUCAGCCGAGGGGACCCGGGGAUCAAAGUGACGACCAAAACCAGUCAAAGCAGUAGCAGCGAUAGCAACAACAACAACAACAGCUCGAGGACAAACCCAGACAACGACGACAACCACAGCGACGGAGGUAAACGGGGGGACAAAGUAAAGCACGUGAAAAGCAGCAGAUCAGUUGAUAGUCGACUGGUUGGUGAACUGAAGCAGCACCUGGGAGUCGUUGGUGUCGUCGGCGGAAGUGGUGGCGGUGGUGGUGGUGCAGGAGGAGGAACAGAAGGAAAGACAGCCACAGCCCUAGCCAACAACUUCCGACUGCACACCGAUCGGGGAAAAAUGCAUCAGUCCGUUGAGGUGUGUCGGAUCAACAGUAUGUUUAGUGACGGCGGUGGCGUCGGUGCCGGCAGAUUCCAGCAAACAACAACUGGCCGUGGUCAAAACAUUGCAAUUUUGGCGGCCAGUACCGGUGAUCUACGCCGGUUCGGCACUGGAAGCAGUUUUGCAAGUGGUAACAAUAAUCGCGCGGCUACCGGAGGAGGAGGAGGCGGAGGUGGUAGUGCAACGGAUCUGCGACUAGUGGCUACGAGAGUUGGUGGCGUGCGGCCAGAUUUGCUGCUGCCGGCGAUGGCGAUGAUGGAUUCCAAACCGCUCACCGAUAUCAAUCACAACAAUCUUACCAAGUGGAGUGCGGAUAGCAUCACCAUCGCCCUAACGGAGAAUGGCUUCUCGCUGGGUGGAGGCGGCAACGCCGCCGGCAUCAGAAGCGUCGGCUCUACGGACACCCUUUAUCGGAAACUAAAACCCGACCCGGCUACAACCUCAUCGAUAAACUGCACCCGCAGCAACAGCCACAGCAGCGAUCUGCACCGGUCUAGUCAAUCAUCCAGCAGCCGAACGGACCUGAACCGAUCGACCGUUCGUCGGCAUGACUCCCGGUCACCACCGAAGAGAAGUGCCUCCGGUGAUCGUGCUGCCCUCCUCGGUGGUUACCAGCUACGAUCAGAACCCAUCUACGCCGUGGUUGAUAUGAGUCUAAAGAAAGCUCGUCGACUGAAUCAGUUCAGCUACGGUGUCCGGGAAGAGGAUCUAGUCAAACUGGGUGAGGCUGGUGAUUUUCCACCCUCGGAGCAUAGCAUUAAGGUGGAAAUGGUACGUGAUUCGGAGACCGGGCGGCUUAAGGAAAGGUCCAACAUCGAUGGUCCGAUACCGUUGGCCAGCGGAAGUAUCGCACCGGUAAACACUAACGAUUACGAAGAACUGAGCGAUUUAACGAUUGAAAACUUUGCUAAUUUUGAUUUGGAGAAUUCUAAUGACGACGAGAACAUCUAUGAACCGAUCAACAUUCCUGAACACCCACUCUCGUCUAAUCAUUCAUCACCUCAACCCACCGCCACCGGUUCCUCGCAGAUGAACAGUCUAUGGCGCAACCUGAAGAAAAUGAAUAUCAACCAGCUGAUCAAGCGACCGGGAACUCACCCGGAUAUGGUCCACCUAUCAAACCAAAGAGAAGAAAUCGAGGCCGAUACCGGUUCAGUACCACCCACCACCAAAGGCUCCACUUUCAGUGAAUUAAGCAAAAAAUUCGGUCACCAUCGGCGUUCGAUUAAAAAUCGGAUGCGAGUUCUGGUUGAUCGCCACGGUGGCCAACAGCAACAACAACAACCGCCGCCAACGGGCGGCUCCUCAUCGGAUGGCGCCGCUCCGCCAUUGCUGCUAACCCAAUCGGAUGAGAAGCUGCGUAAACAUGCUGACAGUCGACCGCUGUUCAGUACAUUUGGGAGGAAUAAAAAAUCUAGAAAAUCGCUGUCGUUCGAUGAUUUUGUACCGAAGAAAAAGCACCAUCAACACCUGCAGGGGGUUGUGGUGGGUGUUAUCUGCAAGGCGGAUAAGGCUAACGACGAACUGCACGAGGAGCUGAAGCGGCAGCUGUCGAAGCGGUCGGAUAGUAGCGGGGGGAGCAGUACCGGUCAGGAGAAUAAGAAUAGUUUAGAGUUGUAGUAGUUCGGAGGGG